UGCAACAGUAACCACACCGCGUUUUUAAAUUGUUAUCAUAAUUAGUUUUAAACAAAGAUUUAAAUCUGUUUGUUGGGUAAAUCAUCAGCCCAAGAAUCACAACAAAGUGGCGACGAGUUUAUUCAGUGUCGGCUUCGCGAAAUUCCGUCGGGAAAAGUUAACUUUUCGGUCAACAAGAAUACCGCGUGUGUGCAGUGAAAAGUUAAGUGAAAACAAUCAAAACAAAAUUAGUAAAAUAAUCGAAUUUAUUCUUUCUGUCAAACAACAACAACAACAAAAAUACUCAACAAGGAUGAAAAAUGUUGAAUGUCAUUCGAUUCGGCGCCAAUUUUUCAACGUUUUCCAGUCCAAGUGCUCAGAGAUCUCCAACGAUGACAUCGGCCGUAUUCUGCUGAAAAGUGAAGAGCAAACUGCCAAACGACUGUUUACGGAACCGUAAUUUAUUCAGUGAUUUAUUGAGUAAAGCCACUCCGGACGAUAUGUGGACCCCGUUCAAGCACCUCUUCAAUAGUAUCGAGUCGUUCCUGUCGGCGUCCGGCAGUAGCACUGGGCAACAGCAGGAACAAAAUGUGGCCAGUCUGGAUGCGCUGCUGCGAAAGCAUAAAGCAGAAUCUCAUCACCCUGCUGCAAAAUCCACCGAAGAAUGCCAAAAGCCAGGAGGCAAUCCGAGUCGGGAUUACGAACGGAAUAACGUUGCCUGAGUUUGGGCACACUAUUCUGUCAAAGGACCUGGUGGACGAGAGUGUGAUUAUAUCCGAUAUGUACGAUUUGAACGAGUACAUUGCGCUGGAAUUGCUUUGCACAGCGCAGCAGCAGAUGCCGAAUCAUCCGGGGCUGCCGCGGGGCUUGGUGGCAGUAUUGCUUUAUUACCAUGGGAGAAAGUCACUAAUUGCGAGCUUGAAGGAGUUGUUCCAAGCCCGGGCUGCGGCUGGUGUAAGUUGGUGCACGGAUGCGCCGCACGAGAUAACACAGCUGAUCACAUCGUACACGAAUGGGCUUGUGGCUGAUGGAGUGCUGAAUAAAAUCGUGGAUUUGCUGGGGGUGUUGGACGUAACGAAAGAACUGGACGUUCUGACGACGAAUCGGGCGCUGGGUCCGCCGAAGCAUUUUCAUCAGGUGCUGGAUUUGUUCGAGAAGAUUCGGGUGCUGUUGGCAACGUGUUUGUUUAACUGGGCGACACAGUGCGGGCUUCCACAGGGAACGACAGUGAAGUUGAUCCGAUACUUGGCCAAGUACAAGUCGACAGUAUCGAACGGAGGAGUGGACAAUAAGAUGCUGGCGCUGCAGAUGGCGUUGAUGUACGGGUUGGAUAUGACCGUGAUUCAGAGCCGGGAGGAUGGGGAGGAGGUCGUGAAACGGCUGCCAAUGGUGAGGGAUCCGGAGUUCAUCGAGAAGGUGAUGGAUUCAGUGUGUUCAUGUUGGGAGUGCGAAGGUUUGCGAUCGGUUUCGUUGUUCACGUUUGGGAUGGAUUUUUAUAUAUUUUAUAUGUAUAAUUAUUUUUAAAUUGUUUUUUCUUAUUGUAUAUAAAUAUAGUUUUUUUGAAUAAAAAUAAUAAAUGAAACGAAA